AUGUCCAAAAUAUUAUUAGAGGAAUUAGAAAAAGGUGAAAAGGGUUUUGGUCCCGAAUCCUGUAGUUAUGGGUUAGCAAAUAGCGAUGAUAUUUCCAUGACUAAUUGGAAUGGAACUAUCCUAGGCCCUCCCCAUAGUAAUCAUGAAAAUAGAAUAUAUUCGCUAGCUAUAGAAUGUGGUCCAAAUUAUCCAGAUGAACCUCCAAAAGUCAGAUUUAUCUCAAAGAUUAAUUUGCCUUGUGUCGAUGAUAAGACUGGUAAAGUUAUCGUAGAUAAAUUCCAUACUUUACGUGAUUGGAAAAGAUCUUACACUAUGCAAACUUUGCUACUAGAUUUAAGAAAAGAAAUGGCUACUGCUGCAAAUAAGAAAUUGGUGCAACCAAAGGAAGAUGCAACUUUCUAA